GUUUUCAAUAGUUGAAUAUGCAGGUUAAAUUAUCAGUAAUACUAACUCUAGUUUUAUCUCAAAACAACAUAAAUGAAACAUUCCCAAACAUUUGCACAACAUGCCCGAUAACUAACUUCUUAUCAAAAUACCAGCACUAUCCUCCAUCUUCACGAGGCGUUUUGGUAUUUUCAGAACGAUCGUGAAUGCUGCAAAGUGUGCGCCAAUAAAUUGGUGGUUUCCCGGAAAAAGUGAUCAUUAGCAGUCAAACUGCGGCGAAGCAAGUUGAAUUUUCAGAAGGUACGACAUGGCAGGGGCUACAGAGAACGGCGGGACAAACCGCACCGCCCGCGAGGUGCAGCAAAACUUUGCCGAAUCCCUUGGCUAUGCGGAGGAGAUAAUCUGGGAUCUGCUAUCUCAAGAGCAAUCGGAAAUUCUGAUGAACAAGCUCAGGGAGUUGAUCCGUGAUCCCCAGCCGCCCGGUGGAGGCUCUUUGGAUGACGAGAACAAACACCAAAAGAUCAUCGCCGACAAUAUGAGAGCGCGGGAGACCAUCUUUAAUGCCGUGUGGGAGCAGCGAAAAUACACAAAUAGGCAGUCGUUGACGGCAAUCAUCUAUGUGAUGGUGGUCGAGGGCACUGACGAUGUGAAUCGCGCCGAGGACAGCAAAAAGUUCUCCUGCCAUCCAGUUUUCCGUGCCCGUCGCUGUAUCCACAGCCGCAGUGGCACCAGCAGCGACAGCUCCGAUUGCUGCAACAUAUUCGUCGAUGAGAACGGACGCGUCUACCAAAACUGGGCACAAUAUGUGGCCAACAAUGAGCUUCCCGCCGGCAUCAUGGUGGCCCCUGAACGAGGAAUUUACCGCGUUGUUAGCGAGCAGGUGCGCCUGGACAAGUAUGUAACGCCGGCGGGCAGCACCAACAGAAGAGUGCUUGGGUAUCUGGAUACCGGAUCAGCUGUGGGAGGCUUUGCCGCAGCCUGCAUCCCAAUAGCAGGGCUCCUUACACUCCCGGUAUCUGGACCGGCGAUGGCUAUAGCUGGAGUGGUGGGUUUGGCCAGUGCCGGCUAUGCUACGGCCCGUUCGAGUGCCAUGCUGGUGGAUCGCAACCGACACGAGCAGUCGAUCAGUGUAACAGACCGACAGGCCCGCGGCCAUUGGCUGGGCGUGAUCGCAGGCGCCGUUGGGUUGGGAGCAGCCGGCGCCACCCAAGCCGUGUCGGCGGCUACGAACGCCGGACGGGAAGUGGGAGCGAUUGCCCAAAUGACGGUGAACGGCAUGAACAUCUCCUCAAUCGUCAUCUCGGGCACUGGAGUGGCCAACGGUGUGCUGGAUUUGAUACUGAAAAUGAGGGAUGGUGAUGACAUCAGCACCAUGGACGUGUUGCAGUUGUCCGCUUCGCUGGUGCUGUUCACACACAGCGUCUACAAUUUCAAGUUGGCGUCGACCAUUAUCAACGAGACGGCCAACAGGAAUAUAGCGGGCUAUCGGGACACACUCAGCAAUCGCCAGAGGCGCGCCUUUGACAAAGCCUCCAAGGAAACUGUCCGGUUGCGGGGCAAUACGCGCGGCAGGCUGGACAUCAUUCGCAACGUCAACGAAGUGCCCUCGAGACAGCAGUUUAAUGACCUCUACAAGAUCAAUAAGAACAUGAACCAGGAGGGUGUGCGAUACGCAUUCGCACCAGAAGGAAAUGGCUUCGUGCUUAAUGGCGAGGUGCAGACGUCGGCGGCAGAUUUGCGGGCGAGUGUGCAGCACAACCAGGGCCCAAAUAUACUGGGUCAGGUGAGCCAGCCCAUCCCGGCUAGUCAUGCCGCCUCAGGCAAUUUGCGGCUAGAUGGUCAAAAUCAGGUUUCCCGCUUGACCGGACCGCUGCCGACGGCCAAUCCGCGCCCAGAGCCGCCCACCUAUGCCGUUGGCGUGUUCGCGCUGGAGCUUAGCUCUGUGAUGGUGGGCGGCGUGUUGUUUGUCCUGGAGAAGUACGGACGCACUAUCUUUGAACAUGUGAUCAACGCAGAGAGCUUUGAGAACCUGAUAACCACCAUGGCUGACACUCUGGAGCCAGAGGUGUUCGACCUUAUUAUGAAGCUGACACGGACCUUUAUGGACACCAUGCUGGACGAAUUGACCACGGUCUUAAAGUUUUAUAUAUCAACCGAGUCAAUUCUUUUCCGUAUUUUGGACCAGGUGAUGAGAAAAUUCCGUCAUAUGUCCAGAAUUGAUUUGGAGAUGCACACCGGGGAAAUCUUUAUGGCUGUAAAGCGUUACUUUUUGUCCCUCAACCCGAACUCGUAUAUCGGUCUCCUCGAGAAGUGCAAGGUCUGCGAGGGUUAUUUCCAGAUUACUCGAUUGUAGAUUUCCAAUUAAUGGAAGCCAUCGAAUGUGAUGAUUGGUGCCUUAUUUCCAAAACUUAUCAAAGAUAUUUAAAAUACUUUUACUUUACAUAUUUCAUAUGUAAUUCUAUGUAUGUAACCAAAUGUAAAUCUAUAUCAAUCUAUAUAUACCGAGCUGAGAGCACAAACUUGACAUUAACCAGGGAAACUGAAAGGAACUAAACUGUAUCACAAAUAAAUAAAAAAAAAGAACUUUGUUCUA